CGAGAGAGCAGGGAGAUUCGCAGGCACGGGAAACGCCAGUUAUCCUUUCGACAGUCAUUCAUUGAGCCUCCCCUCUCAAGCACCAAGCGCACAGACAGGCAACCGGACUGAGCAACAAUGUUGUUCUGCAGAGCUGCGUGGCAGAGACUGGGGCCUCUUGCGCGAAAGACUAUCCCAACACUAUCCCGAAAUGCAGUCCCUGCACGGACAAUGUCCACAGCUUCGGGAGGCUCGGGCAUGAACAAGGCUUUGGUCGUCGUCGGGGGAGGCUCUCUUACAGCUGCUAUUAUUUAUGCUUACAAGACGGUAAACUCAGACAGUGCAAGACAUGCUGACAGAAUGGCAGAGCUGGAAGCGAGGCCAAAGACUGAGGAAGUUGGAGUGGUAGUCGCUGCUGAAGAGGCAGCCCCAGUAGAAGCAGCAGCUCCAGUCGUAGAGGAAGCCGCAGCCCCUGCUGCUCCAGCAGAAAGCGCACCUAUGGAGGAGGCACCAGCCGCCGCCGAACCUGCAGCAGAGGAAGCAGCACCCGCAGAAGCGCCCGCCGAAGCAGCACCCGCAGAAGCGCCCCCCGCCGAACCCGCAGCCGAAGCGGCACCGGAGCCCGUUGCCGAAGCCGCACCUGCCGCAGAGGAAGCGCCUGCUGCUGCUGAGGCACCCGCCGCCGAGGCUCCAGCCGCCGAGGCCCCCGCCGCAGAAGAGGCGCCCGCGGCUGAAGCCGCGCCUGUGGCCGAGGCAGCACCCGCAGAGGCUGCACCCGCCGCCGAGCCCGCAGCUGAAGCAGUCGUGGAGGCAGUGGCUGAGGUCGCCGCCGAGGCUCCGGUAGAAGCAGCUCCAGAGGCUGCCGCAGAGCCCGCAGCAGAAGCCCCCGCAGCAGAGGCCCCAGCAGAGAGCUCUGGUGAGGCACCAGCAGCCGAGGCCCCCGCAGCCGAGGCCAUCGCUGCCUAAGCCAGUCUGCACUCAGACGGGAAGGGUGGUUAGAGCCAUGGCCUGUCCUUUCCCCUUUCCCCACUCCCCACACCGCCCCCAGCCCCCUCUACAUUUUACAAUAAGCUGCAGUUGUGGACUUUUGCUUCAUUUGAAUUUCACAUUUGAAUGGCAAUUUCAGGGCACCCCAUUUCCUUUAUAUUUCCCAUACAAGAGAAAUUGGGAUGCUCACUCCAGAAUAUUCUUUCUACACACUGGUAUUUAUCUUUGAGUGGGAGAGGCGAAGAGGAGUGUUUAGGGAGAAAGGGAUGUUUUUAUCAGUGCAGUAUACAGUUAAACAAUAUCCAGGCAGUUUUGUUUCUCCACUGAAGACCAAUUUCUGACUGUGUCAGAAUGAAUAUAAUGAAUAACUUCUUCCUUGGAGAAUCAAACAGGCUUAUUAGGAUUGGGAUGUGGUACAGUCUAAAUGCUAGUCUAUAUCUAUGCACUUCCACUUUCACAGGAUUCUCUCUGCCCUGAAUAUGCAUCUGAGAAGUAAAGUUUGGGUGUGACAUCCUAGACAAGCACUUGAUAUCAGAUGAUCAUGAAUGUGAAGAAUUGAUUGUGUGUCUGCACAAUCCUCUGCUGCAUCUUACUGUAAAAAUGUGACCAAACGCUGUUGUCCCUGUUCUGGCUUCUCCCUCCUGUCUCCUCUCCCGUUUCCUUGUAGAGUGCUAAUAUCCACAAUACCUCAAGUCCUUUCUUCACAUCUGGACACAAAAGCCAAUAUAGCUGUACACCAGACUGAUAGUGAACUCUUUUCUUUUUUAAAUCAACUUUCCACUAGCCUUACCUCUCAGGAGCCAAAAUGGUCGCUCUAAGGAGCCAAAAUGGCCGCUCCUCACUCCCCACUCCCAGGUGUCCACUACCAGCACCAUGCCUGCCUAAAGUGGGCUAAACAAACCUUGUCAGGCCUUUGUUUCCAAAGGACAACCUUUUUUUUGUUUUCAGUUUUUGAACCUCAGUGUCCCGUGUGUCCUCCACUACAACCUUGAGGGCUGGAGCCAUAUUGAUUUUUCUUGGCGUGUGUGGAACUGUUACAGUGUCAGCAAUUUCUUUCUUCGUAAAUGUGAAGUCUGAUGAGGAAAGAUAAUGUCCAACCACACGCCACUUCACAUUGCUCAGCAUAGGAGAUUUUUGUACUGUGCCGUCUUGGUCUCGCCUCGGCCGACUAACUCUAGAUUAUGAAAGCCUGUUUGAAAGGCCAAUGUUAAGUCUUUGAGAGAUAAGGGAAAUUCCAUUGAUUGUUCAAUAAAGUUGUUAAUGUCAAA